AUGACAGAAUAAUCUUUAGACUUUGACUACAUGUUCAAGUUUGUAAUAAUAGGAGAUUCAUCCGUUGGGAAAUCAUGCAUUCUCAGUAGAAUAAAUGGAAACACUUUUAAAGAUAACCAUGAAGUUACGUUGGGUGUUGAUAUUGCUACUAAAAUAUUGAAAGUAUAGGGGAAGAUAAUAAAGGCACGGAUUUGGGAUACUGCUGGAUAAGAAAAUUUCAGAUCUAUAACAAGAUCUUAUUAUAGAGGAGCAAUUGGCAUAAUGUUAGUAUUCGAUAUGAAGAACAGAGAAUCUUUUGAAAAUAUAAAGAGUUGGCAAUAAGAAAUCAAUUAAUAUGCAAACGAGAAAAUAAAAAUAAUAUUAAUUGCAAAUAAGUCAGAUCUAAUGAACAAAAGGGAAGUAACUACUGAGGAGGGACAAUAAUUAGCAAAAAAGAUAGGAAGCCAAUACAUUGAAACUUCUGCUUUAAAUGGUAAAAAUAUAGAAGAAACUUUAUAAUUGUUAUCUCAAUCCAUAUUAAAAUUGAUUUCAGAAAACCAGAUUGAUUUGACUAAUAAAAAUUGUGGUGUUCUGCUUCCAAACAAAACUGAAACCCCUAAUGAAGCAAUUACUUAAGAUAAAUGUUAAUGCUGA